AAUGAGUCAACCUUACUAAGAAACUCAAAAAGACAUUCAUGAAACUAAAAUUAACAUGAAAGUGUAACAAAAAAAUUAAAAUAAUUCUACUCAAAAAAUUAUGGAACAAAAAUUAGGACAAAGACUAGAAAAUAGAUUCGAUAGCUUUGAAUUUAGUGACAGUGACAUUUCACAAACGAGUCUCAGGAAUACAAUUGUAGAACUUCAACAUUACUUUCCCGAUAAGUCACUGGAAGUGUCACAAAUUAAUGAUAUCAUUGAUGAAUCAAUCGACAAUAAUGAGGACAAUGGUUCAUUUGUGUCAAUUCCCGCCUAUGACAUAAAAUUUGUAAAAAAGAUCAGAAAAGACAUGCAAUGCACAGAAUCACUAAAAUUGAUCAGAUCUCUACUAGAUGAGUCUAGGAAUUCAGAUGAGAUUGUUAAUUGGGAUUUGAUAGUCAAGGAAGAGAAGUUCAACGUCAACUGCUAUAUCACAUUCAUCUACACGCUUAUGAGACUCUUUGACAUCGAUCAAAAGGACAAGAUUAAUAAGGAACUGUCAUUUAAUGCUGGACGAACUUACAUUUGUCUACUUGGACUGCCUGGCGCCAAAAGGUGCUUUGUGUGGGAUCGUGACUUGAUAAUUACCUACUUUAAGCUACUUAAUUACCACAAGAGAUUUAAAGAAUGUGAUCACUAUCUAGAACUACAAAUCAUUCAGAUGUUAAAUGAAUGCAAGAAAGUCUUCAACAUUGUGUGUCUUAGUGAUCAAGUGGAUGUGCUGGAAAAAUAUGUUGAGACUCUUGCGUCCAUCCUCGAGUACUAUUUAUCAAACUCUAAUCGAUCAGCUUUAGAGACAAUCAUGUGCUGUUAUGAUAAUUUUGAAAGUUUAUGUCUACGUCCGUUACCUGAUGAGGAUAUUGAGAAUACGAUGUACCUUAUUUUCUGCCGUACUGUUGAACUGCAUUUUAUUAAUUCUAAGAAACGUCAAGGACCGUCAUCGAGGCACGGUGAAGCUAUUUCUGACUUUUUCCUGCAUUUAUUAUCGACAUACUCACUUAAGACAAAGAAUGUCCUGACUAAAUUCAUUAAAUCUCUCCUGUCAAAUCCGGACCAUAAGUACGACAGAGAGAAAUUCCAAAAACUUUAUGAUGUGGCUGUAAAAUAUGAAUUAGCAAUUUAUUGGAAAUCAAAUGAAUCCAUAAUUGAGUACCUGCAAAAAUUAGCAAUGUCAUCUGAUCAUCGACAUCGUCUGAAUUGUGUUGAAUUUUGUGGACGAAUGUUGUUGAUCAAUACGACUCCAGAUCCUCAAGAAUCACCAAAUGCAGAUGUUCCUAGAGAACUUCGAGUCUUGAAAAUUUUAUUUGAAAAAAUUUAUGAUAAGCAAGACGCUGUAAAGCUGAAGGCACUGGCAUCAAUAAAAACUGCAAUUCUUAAUGGAAACGGAUAUACAAAAAAAAUUCUGGAUGUAGUUUUUAGGAAGCAUUCGGCAAGUGAUAAUCCAGAAAUUUGGACUGUCCUGGGCGAGAGUGUUGGAAAGUUUCAGAAAAGUCUGUUGGCAUUGCUGCAGACUAGCAGUGCUACUUACAUUAAGAAGACUUGUUUGGAGAUUUUGACUCAGCACUGUGGCGACCUAAUUGACAACGAAAUCUUUAUCGACAUAAUUACAUCGCUAACCGACGACCAAUCAUAUCUUGUAAAAAAUCAACUACUAGAACUAGUAAACACAGUCAUCAGAGACCAUCCAAAAAAUAACAAUGCAGUUGAGAUGUGGCUUGAUGUUAUCAUCAGUCUUGUACGUGACAAUGACACUAAAAUUGUCGAUUCAGCAAUAAAGUCACUCACAUCAAUCUUCCAGAAAAUAGAAUCAUUUGAGAAUACAGUAAAUGAUGCACAGAUCCUCCCAUGGACUGUUGUUAAACUUAUUUUAUCCAAAGGCAAAAGAGGCUUACUACAAAAUGCAAUUGAGACUACGUCCAAUAACUUUUUGACUCAGGAUAAGUUGAGGAAAAUUGAGACUCACAUUUUUACAUCCAAUAAGACUGAAGCUUGGUGCAUUUUAUCGCUGAUUGCGAAAAAGAUGAAGUCUAAUAAUCCAGAUAUUAUUAUAAAGACCUUCCUUGACUGCAUUACUGCCAAAAAUUACGACACAAAUGACUUUCAUUUAAUAUUGGAAGUGAUACAAAAUUGGAUUGAAACAUUUAGUGACAAUUCGAGAGCUCAAAUGUUAGGUAAAAUGACGGAAGUAUUACUAAAUGGUGAAUGUCCAAUCUCAGUGAUCAGUCAUCUCUAUGAGACAUGCAUACUUACUAUAUCAAGCUUGUUGAAUGACGAAGAAAUCAAAAAAUUCUCAACAAAGUUGAAUGAAGUUUCAAAAAAAUUCAUUUUAACAAAUUUUGUAAAUUUUCAUGUCGAGGAAAAUUCUGAGAAAAUGCUGAGCUACCUGCUGAUUUAUUGUGAAUCAAAUACAGAUGUUUCAGUCCGUCCAGACAAAAGAAUUCUCAAUUUACUCUUUGAUUUCCUUAAAAAAAUCCUCAACAAUCAAAUCAUCAUCUCAGUUCAAAAUGAUAUCCCUAGAAAAGUCAAUAUCAUCAUAAUUGUCUUAACUAGAUUCGCUAUUCGUGAUAAUGAGCUAGCUGCGGAACUAACACCCGACUUGGCAACAUUACUACGUAAGAAUCUAAAUAUUAGUGUAAUAAAGACAACCAUGCAAUGUCUUAAUGAUUUAUGUAAGAAACAUACGUCAACCGUCGCGCCUGUAUUUAAAGAAAUAAUUUAUAAGUUGCAUUCGAAAAGCGAGGAAGUAAGACUGUGUGCCUUAGCUAAUAUUUAUGAUCUCGUUAUGCAAGAUUUUAUAAAAAUGAAAGGACGUGUUCUGCUUAACAUGCUCGCAUGUCUCGUUGAUAAAAAUGAAAUGAUUCAGCUUAAAAGUCAGGCUGCAAUUUUAAAUUAUACGAAUGACAAGAACCAAAAUCUCCUCUAUACAUGCUUCAUUGAGUCCGUCUUUUUAUUCAAUAAUUUUAUUCAACCAGAAAAUUUCGGUGUCUUUCCAUUGGAUGAAAUUGAUCUACAUCUGCUGUUGCUGAAUGGCGAUGAAAAACGUGAGCAGCGUCAUGAACUUUACAGGUUCUUUGUACAAAAUAUUCAUGAUAUUAAUGAGGUUCAUUUGCUUUUAUUGUUUAAACAAAUUAUUUUGCUGAAGGAAAAACUCGAGAAGAAAAAGUUUAAGAAAAAUGCAAAUGGAACGAAUACUUUUAAGGAUCUGCUGUACAUUUUUAAAUUAAUUUGUGAGAAACGGGGCGAGAGUAAAAUGAAAAUGAAUAAAACUGAGGGCGUUGAAGAGGAUUAUGCUGAGAAUGAUCAUGGUGCGCAGACAUCGACAAAUGAGAAUCAAAAGGGCAACAGUCGAAAAAAUAAAAAUACAUUGACAUUGAAUGAUGCGAUUCCUGUUGUUGAGAAAAUGAUUCAAAUUUAUCCAGCAUUCUCGAAAUUGGUUAUUGAAUAUGAGUCAAGUUUAAAGUCUUGUAUUAGUGACCUUACAGCAAGUAUAGUGACAAACUUUGCAUCAUUUAUUGAAUAUUCUAAAGAGAACUUUUGGAAGCAACUUAAAGACAAUACAGCUGAGAAAAAGACAUCAAAUAAAAGGAAGAGGGUAUCCAAGAAAAUUAAUAAAAGCAAAAGAUCUGAUGAUGAUGAGAGUGAGGAAGACAUGGAUCUGGAAUAGAAUGUGUGCAGAACUUGGUUUUUUAAUAUUAAAAAAAUAGAACUUUUUUGGAAAUUUUCAAAAUUUUAACGAUUUUUUAAUGAAAUUUG